AUGUUUAAACGAAGAAGAAGACAAUACAAUUAUAAUAAACGAUAUAAAAGAUAUUAUAAUAGUGCUGGUAGGUAUGUUUCUAGACAAUAUGAUAAACAACCCAUUGAUAAUGAACAGCAGUUUUAUCAAUUUGGUGGAAGACCUUAUAAUCCACCAAUUCCAGAUGAAUCUCUUCAAAAUAUAGUUAAUAGGGAAUUAGAUAAACGAUUGGGUGAUGACGGUGGAUUUUUUAAAAAUAUUGGUAAACAACAAAAAAGGAUUGAUGAUGAUAAUAAAAAUCUGUAUAAAGCUAUUUUGCGUGCUCAGCAAGAUAAUCUUAAAAAUGUUCAUCAUAUUGAACGUUUAGAAUCAGCAAUUAAUAAAUAUAAACAAAACGCCGAACGAUUUGUUACAGUUGAAGAUUUAGUUCGUGAAAAUAGAGAAAUGAUAAAUAAAAACAUUAAUAAGAUUAAUGAAUUAAGAAUGGAAUUUGGUGAUUUUAUUCCUCGUAAUAUUCGUACUCAAAUAAAAGAUCUUGAUGAACAAAAUUCUAUAUUGAAACGUCGUGUAUCUAAUAUGAAAAGAAU